ACACGAGGUACAUAUAAACUGGGAUGGUCUGGUGCUUCGUUUUCUUUUAUUGCUUCUAAAAGUUCGUCGCGAUUUAUUUUUCAGACAGUUUGGUGGUACAGCAGCACUAAACCCGCUCUACUGUUAAAAGAACCGCGUGUACCGCACACAUUUACCACGUGGGUAACGGUUGAGGGUAGGGGCCGACGUGAGACACACAAGUGUAUAAAUAUCCGCCUAUUAUCAAAUCCUGUUUUAUCCCUCUCUUUCAUAUAUAGAUUGGCGGUUAUAAUGACACCCGGCGGCCUGAAGUUCCGCCCACACAACUCAGCUGUAUAUUAAGUGCGAAUCCAAUGAAACAACACGACAGUACCAGCGGCCCGGUGUCCAAAUCUACAAUGGAACUCGUCUCAAGCCUCUCGUUGGCUUUUGGUGUAUUGGGAUGCAGUGCUUUGGUCGCAAAGUGGGCUCUGUUCAGAAAGAGAUCAUCCCUACCUCCGGGGCCAAGUCUCCUGACUGUUUUACGGGACUUGUUCAAAGCUGGUUUUUCAAACUCUGCUCAUGCACAAUUUGAACAAUGGACUAGACGAUACGGGGAAGUCUUCUCCGUGUCGCUCCCAGGACAGACCGUGGUUGUCCUCAACUCCGUGCGGGUCAUCCGUGACUUGUUUUCUGGAACCUACAAACACAUUACCAACGACCGACCUCCUAGUUUUGUGGGCAAGUACAUGUUCCGAGGCUGCGGCAUCACCUUUUCCAGUUCUGGAAAGUAUUGGAGAAAACUUCGGCAACUGUUUCAUUCCUCGAUAAACAUGCACGUGGACGGGGGCAAGACGAUUGAACAGACUCUCCGGUCCGAGAUGGUGACCACUGUCCGUGAUAUAAAGUGUGAAGCUGAGACCGGCAACGUGCAACUGCAGGAGAUCAUUUCCAAGUAUCUGAUGAACGUGCUUCAUAUUCUGCUAACUGGUGAAUCCCCUGCACCCGGCAGUAACAACAUCGCCAUGAUGAGAGAGUUGGACGACCACCUCAACAGGUCCUUGAGCAUCGACCAAGAAGCUGUCCUGGUCAACCUUCCCUUUCUCCGACAUCUCCCCAACAGCUAUGGCCGUCGCUGGAAGAGGACAGAGGCCUUAAGGGCCCAGCUCACGAAACUGUUCUUCACCGACUACAAGGUCAACUUCCGGUCCGGAAAUGGUGUCAUUGAUAAGUUUCUGGAAGAGGCCUCCAAAGAAGACUCCCCGGUGACGAAAGAUGACGUCCUCGCCCUCAUUUUCGAACUGGUGGCUGCCGGGUACGUGACGUCCAAGUCAACGCUCCUUGGAAUGAUGCUGACCGUCCUACACAGACCGGACAUCCAACAGAGGCUGCAGAAGGAGAUCGACGAGGUCAUUGGUGACAGGGUCCCCUGUCUGAACGACCACGACAACAUACCGUACUUUGAUGCUCUUCUCUUUGAAAUGAUGCGAUACACGAGCCAACUGCCUUUGGGGUUGCCGCACAUGGUCAGAGAAGAGAUUGAUUACGAAGGAUGGCGGAUCCCCAAAGAAUCCUUGCUCCUGCCGAACCUGUACUAUAUGAACCAUGAUCCCAGCGUGUGGGAGGAUCCUUGGCUGUUCCGUCCGGAGAGGUUCCUGGAAGAAGAUGGCAGUCUCGUUAGCCCUUUAAGUGAGGCAAGACAAAGGUUUGUGCAAUUCGGGGUAGGGAAGCGUAGCUGUCCUGGUCAAAACUUCGCCCGGUCCCGAAUCUUCAUGUUCAUUGCUACGGUCUUUCAACAAUUUGAGUUUUUACCACCCGACGACGAACCACUUCCGUCCUUCAACCCUGCCGACUGGGAACCCGGCCUCAUUCUGAUGCCAGAGUACGUGCAUUGUAAAGUACGAUGUAGAAAAACAGGUGGAACGGGGUAGAUUGUGGCUGGUUGUUGUUUUGUAAACAUUCAGUUUGUUUUUAUUCCAACAGAACAAGAUUUUUAUUGAAUCAAUUGAACGUGUUUGUUUAGUGACAAGAUUAGACAAUUUUAUCGUGAGAGCAAUAAAAUCGUUUUGACAAUUUCAUUUUCGGGUAUCGAAAAUAGGAUAUAAAGCACACAAUAACACCCCCAACGACCCUAGAACAAGCAAUAGAUGCCAUAUCUCGGAUCCCAUCAUCUCAUAGUCUCACUCAGCGCUUUAAGGGAUUAAAUAAAGGUAUUCAGGGUUCACGACCUCGAUUUCGGCCUUGGUGGGCGUGGUAAGACCUGUUGGGGUAUAGGUAACACCGUCAGACCGAGGGACCGUAAGACUACUUUUCGAACUUCCCCCGCCUCUUUCCGCCAGAGUAGUCUUACUACACUACGACAAGACCAAAUUUGAGGUCAUAAACCGACAUCUUCUUUGACUGAUGCACACAUGAAUCAAAGAGGUUAAUUUGAUUCCUAUGCCACUAUUAUGCCACAAACGUGGCUUGUCCAAUGGUCGGCCCUUGAUGUCGUAGUGUAGUAAUAUUGGAAAUGCCAUUGUCAUGAAAUGACAUCGAAGUCUUUCAACAAGAAUCAACUUGACUGGUGUUUCCUUAUUCUUUUAGAACCAUUCUUGAGCUCAAAAGGGUACCGCAUCGGAUAUGUUUAGGAGAUGAACUUCAUAGUGGAUGGCCUUAACUUUUGCCUGGUUGCACUGUUCAUUGUUCUGCGUAUGUUCAUUGUUCUGCGUCUGUGUUGCGUUGUCAAGGUCACCCAGGAAUAUACUGAUUUAUACAUGUGUUCAUAUUGUUCAGCAUACACUGUGACGUAUCCCGACCUUAUUGGUUUAUAGGCAUUUCAUUUCACGGUUAAUGUCUUGUUUGUUUGUGUCUGUCAAAUAUUUAUUAAUUUCACAUGGCCAGUAUGCAUUAUCCUUAUGGAAUAUAAUGCACAGUUUUAUUGUGAUGUCUUUUUAUAUGAUAAUGGAAUUUGUUAUAUGUGAACAUAAACUGUACCCGGUAAAGAUGUUACAAGAAAAUAUAAUAUUUCAUUGUUUACACUUCUUUAAAGUACUAAUAAGAACAUUAUUAUGUCUUUUAUAUUUACAUGUACUGACGACCAAAAGAAACAUUACCAUAGUUUAAAAUCACUCUACUUUAAAAACCACAAAAGAUAGAUGCAUGAAGUAAAAUGUAUUGAAAAAGUCAUUCAGCAUCCGGUAUUGUCAUGACAGUUGCCCUAAUUGUCGUGGGGUGUCAAGAACAAGCUUUCAGCGUAAUGGACCAAGGGCGCACACAUAAGUUCAAUUACACGUCACAUUAAUAGCGUGUAAUUGAAUAGCGUGGAUAACCACCCCCUGCUACAAGACACGCGCACAGAAAAACUCGGUCGUCUGAUGACGUCACUUGGGAUACGUCACCAUUCCUCUUGGAGGGCCUGGAACAGUUCCUGUCAAUUGGCUGGAGUAAGUGGUUUCUGUCGAACACGACGAUAGCUGUCCUCUGUAAGGCUCGAAUUCCUUGAGCUCUGAGUCGCCAGGCCACUGUCUGUCGACUAACCACAUGUCCUACCUAAAGCAGUUGUCGCUGAUGACGUCACUGUCAGGAAUCGAUUCCGGACAUGCAAAGUACGCAAGUACAGGUCUUCAUUGGGCGUAGUUACCCAGGAUCUGCCUGUUCUUGGCCUGUCUGGUGUCUGCUCGGUCUGUCUGUAACGUUCCGUCAGGUUAGGUACAGCAACAUGGGAGCAACCAAACGUUCCAACAAUGUGGGCAUGGGUGGCUCCCAUUUGUAUCAUACAAAGUUUCUUUAAGCCGUCAGUUCUAAAACAAAAUGCGAACUUAUCAAAAUUUAUCAAAAGUUAUCAAGAUUUUAUAAGAAUAAUUUAAAAAAAAGUCCCGUUACAAACCUAGAUAUUUGAAUCAAGUAUUGUCACGUGGUUGUAAUUCUCCAUGCGAGAUGUAUCCGAUUCGUUAAACGUGUUUAGAUUGGUUUCCGCUGUAACGUUGUCCUGAUUGGUUUAUCGAUGUGUUGUUACCUUUGUCCUGACUGGUUGAUCGCUGUGACGCUUAGCGAAUAAGCUUUUGAUAUUUCUCUGCAGUUCAAAACCGUCCAUUUCAAAUCUUCAAAUUUUUAUAUGUGGACAAAUAUUUGGUAUGGCCGGAGUGGUGCCAUUGGUAACAUGUUGUAACACAUAACUGGAAAUAAAAUAAUGUCCAAAAUGA